AUGAAACCAAGAAUAAACAUUGAGAACAUGAACAACACCACCACCAACAACAACACCACCACCAGCCACAACAACACACCCGACAGUGGUUACAUGGAGAGCAGUCCAACAAGAUUGAAGAAUGAAAAAAGGAAGAUGAGGAAAGUGGUGGUGGAGAGGGUGAGGAGGGAGAGGAUGGAUAGGUGCCUCCAUCAACUUGAGGACAUCCUCAUCCAAUCAAAUGCUCUCUCAACACGAUCAUCAUCAUCAUCUUUUUCAAACGGAAGUCACCUUGAGAAGGCAGACAUCUUGGAACUGACGGUAGAUCACGUGAGAAAUCUGAAGAAAAUGUUGCAGGAGGAGAUGAGCAGAGGUUACAAAGCCUGCCUGCAACAAGUGAUUGCUUACAUGGAACAACACCACCAUCCAACUCAACAAACUGACGGUGUCCCUAAGGAUGCUUCAAAGAUGAAUGAACUAGUUGCAUUCCUUCUUCGAAACAUGGACUCUGUUCUUCAAUCACUCAACGGGUCUAAAGAACAAAUGGAAACCACAAAUUGCAACGAUGCUCACACGAACAUCAACAAUAAUGUUGCAGCAGUUCCUUAUUUAUCGCAACCCAACCACAAUAACUCUAACGAACACAUCCCAACAACAACAACUAACCACACAGCGAUGACGACCGGGAACUUUCCAUUACACAACAACAUCACACAUAACAACAACAACAACAUUAACGUCAACGAACAAAACAACCACAACAGCAGCAGAAACAAGACAUCAACACCUUCACACAUGAGAUCGGCCAGAGCUUCCACGCAUCCUUACAACGUCCCAUCACAACAACAACCACAACGACAACAUCGCCAUAAUCAAUUCGUCCAACAACGCCACCAACAAACCUUCCAACAUCAACAACAGCAAGACAACUACAUUCAUUAUUUAGCUUCCUGUUCGCCUUUAGCUUACAUAUCAUCAUCAUUGUCGUCUCAAAUGUCGCCCAUCUAUCCAUACCCCAUGGUUACGUCACUCAAAUAUGAUAAUGAUGAUGAUGAGGAGGCCGAUGUUGGUGUUGAAGUUAACGACGACGAUGAUGAUGAUGUUGAUGAUGCUGAUAGGAAACUGCAAGCUGGACAAAAUAUGAAACUGGACAAAUGCGUUUGGAGGCCAUUUUGA